GUCAUGUCUUGCAUCCAUUAUCUGCAUCGAACAUGACAUCAAUAAGGGCACCACCAGUCGUCAAAUCAAGUUACACCCAGGUGGACUUAGUUCCGUGGGACCCGGAGUCCCCCGAACAUGUCGAACGAAUGGUGCAACAACGAAUAGCUUGUGGGUGGAAGCACGACCAGGUAGAAAUGUGGAAGUCCUGGCAAAGAGAUGGCAGAUUGGUUCUGCAAUGGGUGGUCCUGUCAGAAUCCGAUCCCGCAAGGGCAGAAAAGCUGGAGAAACAUACUGCUGCAUUCCCAAGAGAGAGUGGACCUCUUGUAGACUCCGCAGUAACCCUAGGCGGCGAGCCCAGAGCUCCGAACCUGGAAAAGAGGUUCAUUGCCGUCGGACAUAUUUCCUUGAAUAAGGAGUAUGAGACGCCUGAGCGUACAGAACCGGCAGAAGGACUGUACUGGAUCGCAAAUUUUUAUAUCUCAGCUGCACUUCAAUUCAUGGGAUUGGGGCGGGCGGCAAUGGAUGCCGUAGAGAGUAUGGCGAUUUCGGAGCCACUGUGUGUGAAGACUUUGGCUCUUAGCACGGUGGCAAAUGAAUAUGAAGCCAGGGACGAAAGGUGGGCGGCAUUGGAGAGAGAUCCACCAAAGAUUCUGAACCAGGAUUGGUACGAGAGGAGAGGAUAUGUGGUUUAUAAGAGAAACGAGAAGAUGUGGUCUGAGAAGGAUUCGAAGGGGAAGGAGUGGUGGUUUCCAGCGGUGUUUAUGAAGAAGGACAUCAGAUAGAAUGCGUCGAUAAAAUGCACCAGGAGAGUAGAGGAGCGACUGCAGGUUAAUGAAGCCAUGCAAUUGAAAGAAUUGAACGAACAAGGAGGCGAGGUAUACCUAGAGACGCUGACAAUGGCAGAGGUCGUACGAAGGUAGGUUUGAGAGUCAAUUUUCUACUUCCGCCCGAUUAUCACACUAGGGAGUUGUACUGGAAUAGAGUGGUGCACU